AGUUGUCAAACGACUUGCAGCGAGCGUCAGGAAACACUCGGGAACUUCGCACAGCGCCACCUCCAGCUCCGCCGCGGGAUCCCAAAUACGGCAACGCCUCCUCCCGCCCGCGCUCCGCCCGCCGCCGAGAUGCUUGCCCGCGCCCUGCUGCUCUGCGCCGCCCUGGCGCUCUGCCGUGCAGCAAAUCCUUGCUGUUCCAACCCAUGCCAAAACCAAGGUGUAUGCCUGAGCAUAGGAUUUGACCAGUAUAAGUGUGACUGUACCCGAACAGGAUUCUAUGGUGAAAACUGUUCAACACCUGAAUUUCUGACAAGAAUAAAGUUAUUCCUGAAACCCACUCCAAAUACAGUGCACUACAUACUUACCCACUUCAAGGGAGUCUGGAACAUUGUCAAUAACAUUCCCUUCCUGCAAAAUAUAAUUAUGAAAUAUGUGUUGACAUCCAGGUCACAUUUGAUCGAGAGCCCACCAACUUACAAUGUGGACUAUGGCUAUAAAAGCUGGGAAGCCUUUUCCAAUCUCUCCUAUUAUACCAGAGCUCUUCCCCCUGUGGCUGAUGACUGCCCAACACCCAUGGGUGUGAAAGGCAAGAAAGAGCUUCCUGAUUCAAAAGAGAUUGUGGAAAAAUUUCUUCUAAGAAGAAAGUUCAUUCCUGACCCCCAAGGCACAAAUAUGAUGUUUGCAUUUUUUGCCCAACACUUCACCCAUCAAUUUUUCAAGACAGAUCAUAAGCGAGGACCAGCUUUCACCAAAGGACUGGGCCAUGGGGUGGACUUAAGUCAUGUUUAUGGUGAAACUUUGGAUAGACAGCAUAAACUGCGCCUUUUCAAGGAUGGAAAAAUGAAAUACCAGAUAAUCGAUGGGGAGGUGUAUCCUCCCACAGUCAAAGAUACUCAGGUCGAGAUGAUCUACCCACCUCAUGUUCCUGAACACCUGCGGUUUGCUGUGGGCCAGGAGGUCUUUGGUCUGGUGCCUGGUCUGAUGAUGUACGCCACAAUUUGGCUGCGGGAACACAACAGAGUGUGUGAUGUGCUUAAACAGGAGCAUCCAGAAUGGGAUGAUGAGCGGUUGUUCCAGACGAGCAGGCUAAUACUGAUAGGAGAAACCAUUAAGAUUGUGAUUGAAGACUAUGUACAACACUUGAGUGGCUAUCACUUCAAACUGAAGUUUGACCCAGAGCUGCUUUUCAACCAACAAUUCCAAUACCAAAACCGUAUUGCUGCUGAGUUUAACACACUCUACCACUGGCAUCCCCUUCUGCCUGACACCUUGCAAAUAGAUGACCAGGAGUACAAUUUCCAGCAGUUUGUCUACAACAACUCUAUAUUACUGGAACAUGGGCUUACCCAGUUCGUGGAAUCAUUCAGCAGGCAAAUUGCUGGCAGGGUUGCUGGUGGUAGGAAUGUUCCAGCUGCAGUGCAGCAAGUAGCAAAGGCCUCAAUCGACCAGAGCAGACAGAUGAAGUACCAGUCUCUUAAUGAGUAUCGCAAACGCUUUCGGCUGAAGCCCUAUACAUCGUUUGAAGAACUCACAGGAGAGAAGGAAAUGGCUGCGGGGUUAGAAGCACUUUAUGGUGAUAUUGAUGCCAUGGAGCUGUAUCCUGCCCUUCUGGUAGAAAAGCCUCGCCCUGAUGCCAUCUUUGGUGAGACCAUGGUAGAAAUGGGAGCACCAUUCUCCUUGAAAGGACUUAUGGGUAAUCCUAUAUGUUCUCCUGACUACUGGAAGCCUAGCACUUUUGGUGGAGAAGUAGGUUUUAAAAUCAUCAACACUGCCUCGAUUCAGUCUCUCAUCUGCAAUAACGUGAAGGGCUGUCCUUUUACUGCAUUCAGUGUUCAAGAUCCACAGCUCACCAAAACAGUCACCAUUAAUGCAAGCUCUUCGCACUCUGGACUGGAUGAUAUCAAUCCCACAGUACUGCUAAAAGAACGUUCAACUGAACUGUAGAAGGGUAUUAAUCCUAUUUAUUUAUUUAUAUGGACUAUUUCUUUUAACUUAAUUAUUUAAUAUUUAUGUUAAACUCCUUAUGUUACUUAACAUCUUCUGUUAAGGAGAAAGGGGUCAUACUUGUGAAGAUUUUCAUGUCACUGCUUUAAAGAUGUCAUUCCUUCAGGUUAAAGGGGAAAACAGUUUUCAUUCUUUUUUAUAAACUGAUGGGAAAUGAGUUUGACAUCCUUUUACUUGAAUUUCAGUUUAAAUUAUUUAUAAUAACAAAAGCAAAGCUGUUUGGACAUUUAAAUGCUGGUCCAAGAUGGCAAAAUGCUGCAAGUUUUUUUUCCAGUGUAUACCCUGGGAUUUCCAGUGUAUCCUCCAUGAUGCAUUAGAAGCAACUACCUGCACCUGUUCCUUUUCUUUUCUUCUGUUAGCCAUUGUACUGGGAGAAACUCUCUUCUGAUCAGUUUACUCCUUCUAUUUUGUUUUCUUGAUUUUAAGAUCUGAGUUCAUCUUUCGGUGGACUCUAUUUUCUUUCUUAUCUUUUCCCUCUGUCUAUAUUUUCGUAUCUGAACUUUUGCAAGUUUUCAGGAAAACCUCAACUCAGGACUACUAGUAACUUAGCUCCUCUUAACAAAAAUGAAA